AUGAUGCACCUGAAAUUGGUUCUGGGCCUGGCUGCCGCUACACUUGUCUCGGCUGAGAACAUUGUCACUACCCUUUUCAUCCCGGAUACCGACGCCGAGUCAUUGGUGGGCUCAGUCAUGGGCGUGGCUGCAACUGCUACUACCUACCUUGUCAACUGUCCGACCGCAACUGGUAUUGAUGAUGACGAUGACGGCGAUGACUGCGGCAUGGGACCCGGUAUGACAAUUGUUGCCGGCCCUCAAACCACCAGCUAUUUCCUCGGGGAGCCAGAAGAUGAUCUCUAUAUGUCCAUGGCUUGUUCGGUGCAAGGGAUUACUUACGGGGUCUGCACCGAAAUGAUUUCGGGCACGGGGGCGGACUUCCCUGGGACCUAUACCACGACCAUGGGUACUGAUGACCUCUGCUGCUUUGUGCCCGUUACCAUCACUGCGGGCACGCUUACCGGUGCUGGAGAUGCCACCUCCCCUGCGACUGUACUAGCCACCGGAACGGCUGCCUCUACCGCCCCCGAUGCUUCCGCUACCGGCACGGACCCCGCAGUCAGCGGCAAACCGGCUGCUGCUACUGUUGGCGCCUCCACAACUACCAACAAUAGCACGACCCAGAGCAGCACCGGAGCUGCGGCACUCAUUACCCAUGAUUCGACUCUGUUCUUUGGAGGUGCUGCGGCGGCUGCACUUGUGGCCGCAGCCUUUUGA